UGGGCGGCGCGGGCGGGAGCAGCGAGGCGGCGGGGCCGGGCCGGGCCGCAGCAUGUCGGGCUCGGAGUCGGAGCAGGAGCAGGAGCUGUACUCCUCGGCCGACGAUGACGAUUACGUGCCCUCGGGUGCGGAGUACAGCGAGGAUGAUGAGAGCGAGCUGGUGCGGGAGGAGGAGCCGGCGGGCAGCCCGCGGCCGGCCCGCGGCAGGAGGAGCCCCCGGCGGCCCGGCAGCAGGAAGAGGAAGAAAGGAGGUCUCUUGUUAGAGGCAGAUGAGAAAGAGGAAGAAAAGGCCCAGCAGAAUGGAGAGGAGCAGAAAGAGGAGGAAGUGGAUGAUGUAGAGCAAAUAAAAAGAAGAAAAGAAGAAGAAGAAAAAAAGAAAGAGGAUGCUCUUUGGGCCAGUUUCCUCAGUGAUGUAGGACAGAAGCCCAAAGCUGUGGCUGCCACACAAGGGACACAAAUCAAGAAGACUGAAGAAGAGAACAGUGGGAAUAAGCCUCAGGAGAAGCCAAAAGAUUCAGGAAAAGUGACAAUCACCAAAACAUUCGAUUUUGCUGGUGAGGAAAUCAAGGUGACUAAAGAAGUAGACUCAAACUCAAAAGAAGCUAAAUCUUUUCUGAAGCAGCAAGAGAAACUGCAGGCAGCAGCUCCAGCUUCCCUGCCGACAGUCUCGGGGGUGAAGAGGCCAAGCGGCAUGAGCAGCCUCCUGGGGAAGAUCGGUGCCAAAAAGCAGAAGAUGAGCACACUGGAGAAAUCUAAACUGGACUGGGAGAACUUCAAGGAGGAGGAGGGGAUUGUGGAGGAGCUAGCAAUCCAUAACCGAGGGAAAGAUGGGUACAUCGAGAGGAAAGCGUUCCUGGAGCGCGUGGAUCACAGGCAGUUCGAAAUCGAACGCGACAUCAGACUGAGCAGGAUGAAGCCCUGACGUGCUGGGGGUGGCCAGCCCCCCACAUGGGGGCUUGGCUCCCUUCUGUGCCCCAGGGCUGGCUGGGGGCUGCCGGCCACCGACGACCGCCAAGCACGGAAACUGUUCUCUACCCAAGACUCAGCCUGUGUGUCUCAACAUACAGGGUUUUCCUUUUACUGUAAUAGUUUGGGGAGGGUAUUUGUCAGUGGACAGGAGGCACUUGGAGGGUUAAAUGGCCCAGCAGCUCAUAGAAGACUCUGGUGUAAUUCUGGCAGCAACUUUCCGAGGAGAAGAGGUGGUGGCACUCAUCCUUUACCAAUCCCAGGUGCUUCUGGCAGCAGGAGGAGCUGCCAAGGCUGGGAGAGUACUGGCAUGUUUGGUGGUGAGAGUGGAGCUGCAGGAAGGUUUCAUGGCUGCUGUGCACAUUCAAGCUGUGGGCUGGAGCCCUUCUGCCUGCUCUGCCAGCCCGCAGCACUCCCUGCCCCUCCGCCCUCUGCUCCUGUCCAGACAAAGCCAAACUGUCUGUACUUGUUUGUGGGGUCUGAUGAUGCUGGGGGGAGUUAAGCAAGCUGGUGAAGAAAUCCUUCCUUGUUCACGCUGUCAAGAAGAUGGGAGCAGCUGCAGCAGGCAGGAAGGGCCAGGAUCUGAGUGUUCACGUGAAUAAAGUAUUCCAUCCCAACA